UUCAGUAGCCAUCCAGCAAGUCAUCAUGUGAGAGAGACACACUAUAUAUCCCUGCUAUUUGUCGUUCAGAUUUCAAGACACACCCUCUCCAGAGAUAAGCCCAGCUGCCCUGGUAAUUCUCCAUAAUUCUGUAAUCAUUAACUUUGGGCACAUUGGGAGAUAAGCUUGAAGGAAGAAAUACACAGGAAAAUCAGCACAAAUCAGAGACCACAAACAACAGAGAAGACCUGAGGAGAGGCAGCAACCCUCCAGACUUCAGUUUCUCCCUAAUUGAAAAACAGCAAAGAUGAUGAUGGGGUACAGGACACUUUAUAUACUACUGUGGGUUAUGCCGGCAUGUAUUCAUACCACAAAAGAGCCAGUAAGCCUGAUUGUGAGUCCUGUGGUAAUGGCACAGUGCAACCAGCAGGUCACUCUGCACUGCAAUGUCUCCUCAACACGGCAUCAUUUGUCAAUCAGAAAUCUGUCCUGGAUCCAAAACGAAAAUCGUCUUUGUGACAUAGACAGUGCUGGGAAAGUAGUGGAGCACCACGGACAUACACAAAGUGGCUUCCGUUGUAGGUAUGAACAAGGACAAUUAUCCCUCAUCUUUGAAAAAGUGAAGCCACUGGAGAGCGGAACAUCAGUGAAGUACAUGUGCAAGCUGCGCUCAAAUGUUGGAGUUGCAAAGGAAUACACAACGGUGGAGUUACAAGAGUGUUGUGGGAAUGUUGAUGCUGUUGUGACUCCCAAGGGUCCCACCUGCACCUUCACCAGGGUCCACCCAGGCGGAGAUGUGCACUGGUUCCACGGUUCUACAAAGCUGGCAGAUGGCUCUCUGAAGACCAACACAAGUAAAAGUGUAGAUGCAGGAGGAUGGCUGACGAUUACCAGUUCUCUGGAGAAGAAAGAUAACAAGAAGCACUACAACUGUUCCUUGUGGAGCCCCAAAUCACGUAGAUACAUUGCUAGCAGCCUGGUUCAGGACGCACAUCCAGUUAAAAGUGGAGCUGAAGCUGGAGCUGGAGCACAAGGACCUCUGAGGAUACUUUUUUGUUUCACAUUGCUAGCUACCCUCUUGAUGAAAUAAUGGAUUUACAAAAGAUAAAGCCACAUUGUGCACACUGAUGAGAACAAAGCAUUGAGUAUGAUUAACUGCAAUCUUAAGGAGGUACUAAGAUAGUGUUCACAAAGCACGGCAUGCAGUGCUAUGGGUUAAGUGAGUUAUCCUGCAUGGUCCAAAGGUUUGUUAUUCUUCUUUGAAGCUCGUGGCUGAAGUGAACAAGGAAAUUACAGACUGUUGAGAGGUGAUAACAAGGGAGCCGAUAAUCAUUAUGCUGUAUAAAAAUAGCUAUGUUGUUUUGUUUAGAUGGGGAGACAUGGAUGAGAGAGCAGGGCAUAUUGGUUUCAUUACCUUCUCUCUGAGCUCAACAAACACACACACUGCAGCAUGCAUGUAUGCACACACACACACACACACACACACACACACACACACAUACAGUUGCAAGCAUGCAGAUGCCCUCUGGCAAAGGAUUCCGUGUAGCCUUGAGUUAUAUUUUUUAAAGGUAUAGAUUAUUUUCAGGCAUUUUCUAUUUUUGUGUUUUGUAUACAUUAUUUUGAGGGAGAAACGAGUGAAAAUAUUGGCUAUAUGGUCAAUAUAAGUCGAUAAUAUGGCUGUCUGUAUGCGCCUGCUGAAAUUGUAAGAGCUUUUUACAAGUAUGCCAAGAGAAAAACAAAACACUAUAUGUUUAAAGUCUUCAUCAGCUACAGAAUGCAAACUUCAAAAGACUGGCACAACUGGAAUUUCCCUGCAGAAACAGACGUUAUGAAAUACUUGACUGGCCACUGUGUGCUAGACUUCACAUCAGUGCACACAGAAACAAUCAGUCAUUCAACUGCUCCGUCUGUAGACUGUGGUGUGAUGCUGCCCUCUGGUGAGAUAGAUGUGACAAGUCAAGGGCUCUUGGGGGCUGGUGUGGGUUGGGGGUCGGUUUCGGUCUUUAGUCAAUUUUAUAUUAUCAACUGUUGUCUAGAAAACGCAACUGUGACAUUUAAAUGGAAGAAAAUUGUGAUGACAUAUUUUGGAUAACUUUUUUUUUCCAGGACUGCUCAUGCACCUAGAACCUAACAAGCAAUUUUGGGUAAAGUAGUUAUUAAAAAGCCACUGGCUGGUGUUUGGCUGAUAUUAUUGGUGAUCCCAUCCUCCGUCCUGACAAUGAAAUGAGCUUGCUGUUAAACAUCAUGGUAGUAAUAUCAUGGUAGAUGCUAAUUUCAGACUCUAAAUGAUUGGGUGAUUUUUGAUGAAACCCAGUUAUAUUAGUACAACUGGGGUCAACUCUGAUUUGUUUGUUUUUCUGGUGGCAUUAUUUCACACAGAAACAAAUAGCAUAAAUAGCACCAUCAUCUUUUUUAAUCAUUUAUGUAACAGAUUUCUACAUCCAUGCAAAACAAGGAAAACCCUCCUUUGAAAUAGAGUUUUAAAGAACUGUGUUCUACUCUGCAUAUUAGAGGAUACUCUGUGUAUAUGGAGUAUGUACAAGGACUGCAUUAAUAUUCAGUAGCCAGGCCAAUGCAAGUUCUAACAUCAAACCAGCAUGCAGUGUCAGGUUAUGUCUGGCUUGCACACAAAAUCAUAUCUAUAGUGAAGUAUAGAAAAGUGCAUUCUUUUUCUAUUGUUCAUCUGACCACUGAGUAUAUUGUGUGAAAAACCCAAAGUUCUGCAUGCGAUCUGUGCAACAAGGCAAAUACAGGUAAUUUCUCCCGUUUCCCAUCUUCAAGAUGAACUGUGUUGCCCUGUCUCUCACCACUAAGUGUGUGCAGGUAGCUUGAUGGUAGAGGACAAACCCAGCCCCAAGGCCAAAACUCUGCCUUUUUAAAUGGUUCAUUGCACCUCUUCAGACAGGACAUUGGAGAGCCUUUUCAAGUCAGAACCACUCUCUGCUAAUGGUGUCACUAAAUUGGUGCUACAGAGGGGCAGCUUGAGCUUUUAGCAAGACUCUGCCAGUGCGCUACGUCUAGGACCCACUGGGCAAAUGAAUGGGGGGCGGUCACCUUGACUGUUCCAGCACACAUAGACACAUCCAGAUCCAGACCUGACAGACACAUA